ACGACUUUCUAUUCAAGCUUCUUAGGACUGCUUCCAUCUCUCUCCCACGUUGGAUUCACACACACUCCCACCCUUCUAACUUGAAUCCACACCUCCACGUCUUUGCAGCUUGUGCAGAGACGCCACACAUAGAGCAGUAUGCUUUUCUUUGCCAGCGCCCUUCCCGCUGUCAAGACACUCGCCGAUUGCACAAGCUACACGAAGACCGUCGCGCCGUUCGUCCCCCAGCUCAAAACGCUGCCUCAGCAAGUAUGGGCUCAUAUCAGCAAUACCGAUGAUCUGGUCAAAAUUUACACCAACACGAACCCUCUCAUCACCGCGAUUGCCUUUGCCCUUGCUCUGGCGCCUAUCUUUCUUCUUCUGAGCGAAAUCAACAAGAAUUACAGUCAAGUCGAUCGCGUGUGGAGUAUCCUACCAGCUGUCUACAACGGGCAUUAUGCACUAUGGGCACAUCUCAAUGGACUCCCCACUCAAAGACUGGAUAACCUACUCGCAUUCUCUGUUGUCUGGAGUCUACGACUCACUUUCAAUUACUGGCGAAGAGGAGGUUAUCAGAUUGGCUCCGAGGACUAUCGAUGGGAAAUCGUCAAGAACAAAGUUGGGCCUGCGUUGAUGUUUAUUUUCAACGUGGUCUUCAUUUCAUUGGCACAGAGCAUUCUGUUGAUGAUGAUCACAAUGCCUACAUAUGUUCUCAUGAUUGCCGCCAAACAUAGCCAGCCCGACAUGAGCUUCUCGGACAUCGUUUUUGCACGCGUUCUGAUGGGACUAGUACUUCUUGAGUUCUUCGCGGACCAACAACAGUGGAAUUACCAGGGUGCCAAGAAGCAAUACCGAGAAACGGCAAAGGUGCCUCCUGGCUAUCUUCGGUCCGACCUGGACCGUGGUUUCAUCUCGACUGGCCUAUGGUCUUUCUCACGCCACCCAAAUUUCCUUGCAGAGCAGUCCAUCUGGGUCGUGCUCUACCAGUGGUCAUGCUUCGCAACCGAUCAAUACUACAACUGGGCCGGCAUUGGUGCUCUGUCUUACCUCUUCCUAUUCCAGGCCAGCACAUGGCUUACCGAGUUGCUCACGGCUGGAAAGUACCCCGAGUACAAGACCUACCAAGCAAAGGUCGGAAGGUUCCUACCCAAGCUCAGGGCUCUGUCCACAGUUCCGUUCGAGGACGAAGCAGAAUUCGCCUUGCUGGAGAAGGAGGCACAGAAGAAGCUUGCUGGAGCUGGAGCUGGAGCAGCGGCCAGUAAGAAGGGCAAGAAGAAGUAAGCGAAUAGACGGACCCGGGUUAUUACUGUAUUCUAGAUUUACCGUUCCGCAUCUUUCCCACAAUCCCGCCCGGCGAGGGGACAUUUGGAAAUAGCUUGCAUAUACGAUUAUCUCAGCAUUUGAUAGAUGGCUUCUCUAUAUCCCCUUCCUGGUUGAAUCUAUAACAAAAUCCUACUGUGCUAUAUCACUUUAAAACAGCCUUAUCCUCACCACUCUAUCCGUUUUCAGGUUUAUACAGCGUAUGAAAUCACCGAGAAGCUCUACUGCCUAUAGUAUCUGACGACGACCCGCUAUGGGCCAAUCUACAUACUGCUGUAAUGGACAUGGCAAACA